AUGCGCGUCGGCGAGGACCUGAACAGCGGCGACUGGGAGGAGUUCGCGCAGUCGUACGCCCUGUACAUUGGGUUCGCCAUGAACAUGGCCUUCAUCAUCGCCCAGGCCAACAACGAGAGCUCCACACAAUACGACGGCGACGGUGUUUUUAGGGAGGCAUCGGGCCCGGGGUGGAUGAAGUGGAUGAUGAACUCGCUGGUCACUGUCUUGGCUGGCGCCUGCUUCAUGAAUGCCUGGCUGGCGUACGGGAAGAAGAGGCACUACAGGCUGUUUGAGCAGCCCAUUGAGAGGACGCCUGCCACGCCGUCUGCCCAGCGUGUACGCGUCGACUCCUCGCCCGCCGGUGCAUCGCCCAUGUCCUACUUCCGCAGUGUCGUCGCCAGGAACUCGGCUCCUGCCCGCGCGCACCCCGAUGCCACACGCGAUGUCUGGGAGAUUGCUGUGUGGGACCCCAAUCCGCUGGCUCUGGAGCUGUUCUGCCUGUUCAGCCCGCUGCACGUCAUGCUGUACUACUUCAACCUCCCCGUUGCGCCUCUCGAUCCCCGCCCCAGCGUCCGCGUCACGACCACCAUAAUCAUCGGCGCACUGCUGUCGCUGCAGCUGUGGUGGCUCCGCAGCGCCUUCACCCAGCAAAUCAAGGACAACGCCAUCAUCAGCCGCCAAGUCCUCCACGAGUACGACAGCAAAUUUGUGCAUCCCGCACUGCAGAAGCAAGGCCGCGACGUGGGUAUCCAGACCAUCAGCCGCACGGGCAAUGGAAACUCAAGCGUGGGCGUCAAGGGAAGCAGUAGGGAUCUCGCCAGCGAAGUCGUCACAUACACACCAACCACCAUCAUCAAACGCGCCUUCCGCACAAACCCCAACAGCAACUACGCAAGCCAAUACGACCCCGACGGUCUCCGCUCCACACAACACACCCCCUCCGUCCGUCGCUCGGGGCGCUACACAUCAACCUCCACAGCGACAAACGCAGACCCCGACGACGACUUCUCCUCCCCGAUCCGCCCAGCCGUCACCCCCAACCCGUUCCGCACCGCCCCCUCCAUCCCCCGCACCGGCGACGGCGGCAGCCUAGGCGUAUACACUCACGCCGCCUCCCCCCUGCGCAAACAAGCCAACAUGCGCUACCGCGACGACGACACCAGCCGCGGCCGCGACACCCUGACGGGGUUCGCAGACAGAAUUACCCCCGCGUUGGGCGACAGGAGACACACCAGUCCGAGUAAGCGCGAGGGUAGUCCGUUGAAGAGGAUGAGUAUGCCGGUUGGUGGCUUGUUGGUAUUCUGCGCUCUCCUCGAGAUGGACCCUCUAACGAUAACAUCAACAUGCAUCGGCCUUAUAGCUACUACUGCACAGGCCUCGAUCGCAGUGACUGCGUUUGUGAAAGAUGUACGGGACGCGCGCCGGGACCUGGAUGGCGUGUCAAGAGAGCUCUUGUCGCUCAGCUCCGUUCUAACAUAUUUGAGAGAUGACACGGAAGAUGAGAAGGCCAGGACUUUGCCAGACGCUCUAAACUCCCAGAUCAUCGGAAUUCUUGCCAAUGUCAAAGUAACGGUACUCGAGAUUGAGGGCUGUUUGCUCAAAUGUGAAAGGUCGAAAAUGGGAAAGGGAGGCUACUGGACAUUGGGUGGAGCAAAGGGCGAGAUUAACAAACUCAGAUCCAGCCUAGAAUCUCACACAACGGCACUAGAUUUGGCUCUUCAGCUGGUGAACACAACAAUAGUUCGGGAAGUCAAAAAAGAUACGACGAACAUCCUUGAGGACACAGCAGCUAUCAAAGACGAUACAGCGAAGAUUCGAGAAGAGCUUGAGCUUCUCAGAGCCAGACUCACAGCGGCGGAGGCAGUCGCAAGCACAUCGGCACCCGUAUUGCAACUAGCAGCUGCGGCAAGCGCUGGUGGCUCAACUCUUGUUGCGAGUGAGGACCACUCUGCACAAACAUCCAAUAUAAUGCUCCAGAGAUACCUCGAUAAUCUCACAAGUUACGCGGACUCAGUGUGUGAUCCCAACGAUCGCGACCACUGGGAUACUCCACUAUCGAGCAGCCCAGUUUCACCCAUCAGGGAGGAUAUCUUCGUCAAAGAUAAAGAACAUGUCUCUGCUCAAUCCACUCUGCCACGGAAUUCAGCCACAGCUUCGAGCUCUGUGCCCGAGAGCGGAUUUCGCACAAUUCGACAAGAGCCGCUGUUCAAUAACAAAAGCUUCAACUCCCCCGAGGAGCGCAGGCAGCCACAGCCACGCCGGGACGCCGUCUGGCCCGAUGGAGCCACCAAGUUGCAAAAGAAAUUGGCCGGUUUUCGGCUCACUUCAUACAAGUCCCUCGGCCAAUUUCUUCCGCAAUCUGGUAGAGCAAAGGACAAGACAUUGGUAAUCGCUCCUAAAGCGAAACUUCCUGACUAUGCUGCUCUUAGUGAAAUGGAAGCUGCUGUGCUGGUAGCUUUACAACGCAAAGAUAUCAACGGCGACGCUCUGGAUGUUGGCGAUUGUGUUGUUGUCUAUAAUGAUAGAGGGGUCUCAGUGGAACUGAUGAGUUACAAAACCUGCUCUGUCCAGCCUCCACUGAUUGAAGAGUAUACUAUGGGUGACGACGGAUCUUGUGGCUCAGGCUAUCUCGACUACGCCUUCGAUAGAUUUAUUAGAACAAUCGUCGGCGAGGAGCAGUGGGCGGGCCUCAGGCCUCGUGGGAAGGCCAGAAUGAUGGCUGAAUUCAGAACGGUGAUCAAGCCAUGCUUCUCCGGAGAUGACACAAAGUAUUUCAUCGAUCUGCAAGGUGUGGCGGACGAUCCUACAGAAGGAAUAGACGAUGAGACGAUACUGCUGAAGCCCAUGGCUCUCAAGACUAUCUUCGAUCACGUCGUCGGCCCGAUUAUGCGACUGGUUGAAGUCCAAAUUGAUGAUGUACAAGAAAAUGGGGGAAAGCUGACUCGCAAAGGCAAUAUUGCUUGCCAACGGAGAGUAAAGCCCAUAUCCCUCCCAAACUUAGCUUGUCUGUCUAUAGAAGACGCUCUGCAGUAUGUCGCAGUGCCACUCUCUAGGGCCUUGAGCAGUCUCGGCACCCGGCGUACAUCAGCUCCCGCAAAGAUUGUAGUCGAUCAAAUUGCACAAUACAGCUACAGGCUUUGCUACCCCAAGCAGUCAAAAGAUUACACAGCACAGGACGGUCGUCGAGGAAAACGCGGACAGUUGUCAGCGGCUAAUCGGACGGGUUGGCUCAUCGAGAAGGGCGACAUCGUCGAAGAAAGAAAGGCACUGCAUAAAGACCUCUGCCGAAGUCUCCAAGUGAGUUUAUUGACCGCUGGCACGAACCAAUCUACCCGCAUCUUAUACUACUCAGCCAAUAACGGGCUGCUCAGCAGGGGAAGCAACAUCGAUGAAGAACCCUACAAGGUGGAAUUCGGGAUCAAAUGA